AUGCAGCCGGCGACCUACGCCUCGGUGGCGCACGUCGGCUGGGAGCGGAGCAUCCGCUGGGAGGCGCCGGACGACGACGACGCCGCGGAGCGCGCCGCGCCCAUCGUCGGCGGCGACGCCCGCGUCGCGAGCGGCGCCUGGACGCGCGCCAUCCGCUGGGACGGGGACCAAACCGCCGCGCCGAGCGAUGAAACGACGCACGCGCCCGCGGACGAGGACGCGCGCGCCGCGCGCGCGUACCGCGAGCCGGCGGGCCGGCAGUCGCGGCGGCGCGCGGCGGGGAACCAGCGCCUGCCCAAGGCCGCGAACGCGCGGCCGGCGCAGCUGCACCGCUUCGUGAGCGCGGACACGGCGAACCGCGCCCGGGAGCUCUUCCACCGGCCGCGCGUCGACCACCGGCUGCUGCGGGCGCCGUGGCGCCUCGCGGCGCGCGGGCGGUCGGCGGCGCAGCGCGGCGCGCGGCAGCUGCGGGCGCGGUCGCUGGACCAGGUCCGCGCCGAGGACCUCCGGGCGGGCGACGGCGACCUGUUCGUGGGGGAGCUCUCCGAGGAGCGGCCGGGCCUCGUGGCGAACCCGGGCAUGAGCUUCGCGCUGUGCCGCCUGCGGCGCGGCGUCGAGGGCCGCGCGUCCGACGACGACGACGACCGCGACGGCGUCGCGGUCGACCUAGGGAUGGAGGCGCCGUCGCCGCUGCUCGGGGACCUGCCGGAGCCCGGCCGCGAGCUCCUGGUCGGCGUCUCGAACUUGCAAAGGCGGCCGGUCUUCCCGCACGCGUCGCGCGACUUCCUGCUGUGCCUCCGGCCGCGGCUGCGCAAGGACCUCGGCAAGGCCGCGGAGGUGGCGUGGACCUGCCGGCCGCUGCGGAAGCACGUCGUCGCGGCGCUCGGCCAGGGCGAGCCGCGCAUCGAGGUGCCGCCGGCCGGGUCGAAGCGGUACGCGGCGCUCCAGGAGCCGCUCGCCGCGUUCCACAUCGCGCGCGCGCUGCUGGCCAAGAGCUCGGCGGCCAAGGGCGACGUCAAGCACGCGACGUUCCCGGCGUCCGACCUCGGGCGCGCACUCUUCGCGUCGGCGCCCGCGCCGCUCGCGCUGGUGAAGCGCGCGGCGGCCGAGGUCGCCGAGCGCGUGCGCGACGUGCACGGCGAGGCGCUGAAGAGCGUCGAGGGCGAGGACCUCUGGACGCACCGGGCCCAGGCGGUCCGGCCCGACGACGUGGCGCUGCGCUUCGCGCCCGAGGACGUGUGCGCCUACGAGUCGGCGUCGGCGUCGCUCAAGCGGCUGAAGCACCUCGGGUUGCGGCGGCCGCAGCUCCUGGGCGGGCCGGCGGGCGUCGCGCCGGCGUGCCGCAAGCUCUUCGAGGUGAAGCGCGCCGCGGACGCGCGCGCCAAGGACCUCGAGACGCGCGCCCGGGGCGACCCGGGCCCCGCGCCGUCCCUCGGGGACCUGUGCGCGGCGGCCCGGCGGCGCUGCGCGGAGGCGGACGCGACGCUCCGCGCCGCGAUGCGCGUGCACGAGGAGCUGAGCUUCGCGCCGGCGCACCUGACGAGCGGGUUCUGCGACGCGGUCCUGAAGAAGACGCAGCACGCCGUGCUGCGGCUCGAGGGCCCCGGCGACCCGAGCGGCUGCGGCGACGCGUUCUCGUUCGCCCGGUCGACGCUGCGGGAGCUGCGGCGGGGCGACGUGAUCCACAAGGCGUCGGGCCAGGCCGUCAAGGAGGCCUACGACGAGCGCGUCAACGCGAUCGCGCGGCGGCAGCGGCACGCGCUGUCGGGCCGCGGCCACGACGGGGCGCACGUGGAGGACGACGCGCUCAAGGACCUGCGGGGCGGCUUCGUGGGCCGCGGCGCGCGGGGGCCCUACGCCACGUCCAGCGGCUACGACGCCGCCAAGGCGCAGAAGGCGCGGGACCAGAACAAGCGGCGGAAGGGCGGGUCGCACGGGCGGCGGUCGCCCGUCGAGGCCGACGACGACCUGGAGGACCUCGAGGCGGACCUCGAGCAGGACCUGCUGCAGGGCGAGGCCAAGGACGAGGACGAGCGGCAGCUCGAGUCGUUCCGGCGGGCCCUGCAGCAGGAGAGCAACGUCCAGCAGGCGAGCGGGCCGCCCAAGUUCCUCGUGCGACGGCUGACGCGGCGGCUGGUCCACGGGCGCGAGGUCGUCGCGGUCACGUUCGUGAACAGUUCGCACGAGGUCGACCGGGUGGCGCGGCGGACGGGCGUCUCGCUCGAGGCCGACGACGACGCCCUCGUGCUGGACGUGCCGCUGGACGACCGACGCCAGGCGCCGGGCCCCAAGAAGCUCACACUGCGCCUCGGGGCGAAGGAGGAACCGAAGAAACGCACGGGCGCCGUCAAGCUCAACCUCACGAAACUGCGGGGCCGCGCCGACGACUACAAGGCGGAGGCCAAGCGCCAGAAGGCCGAGCAGCAGCGCGCCGAGGCGGCGGCCUACCACCGGCCCGUCGCGAAGCGCGAGGGCCCGCGCGCCGACGCGCAGAACAAGCCCCACGUCCAGCUCGCGAAGCUGCUGCGGCAAGAGUGCCUGAACCCCAUGUACGCGCGGCCCGGGUGCCGACCCUUCGUCCGGCCCGUCUCGACGAAGACGUUCCCGCUGUACAAGACGAAGAUCACCAAGCCGAUGGACCUCUCGACGAUCAAGUCGCGGCUCGAGCGCUACGUCUACCGGGACCGCGAGGGCUUCAUGGCGGACAUGGACCUGAUCGCGACGAACUCCAUCACGUUCAACGGCCCCGAGCACCCGAUCUCCAAGGAGGCCCUGGCGAUGGCGCGCGCGGCGCGCGCGGCGUGCGACUCGUUCGACGACGAGCUGGGCGCGCUGGAGCGGGCGACGAAGGCCAUGAUGGCGGCGGCGCCGAAGCGGCGGCGGGCCUCGCCGCCGCCGGCGGCCGCCGCGCCCGCGCCCGCGCCCGGCGACGGCGUCGCGCUCGCCUUCGCCGGCAUCGGGCGCGCGCCGGUGCCGACGAACGCGCGGACGCCGCCGACGUCGCCGCCGCCCCAACUCGCGCCGCCGGGCGCGCCCGUGCGCCAGGCCUCGACGGCGCCCCAGCAACCGCUGCUCCGCGUCGCGGCGGCCCGGCCGGCGGCGACUUCCUCGCCGCCGCCGAGCACGCCGUUCCUCGCCGCCGCGCUGGCGGACGACUCGUCCUCGGGCGAGGAGGAGGCCGUCGGGGGCGGGGCGAUUAAUUGA